GACGUUUACUUCAGUUCUUCCUCUCCUUAGCGUUUGGAAGACAAAAACAGCCUUUUAUAACCUUCUGACACUUAUCUCCUCCUACGUUACAGUCCCUCUCAUUUCAUGGCACACAAGUCUUUCAAAUUCAAUGAGCAUAUUCUCGAGCAACUGAGAAAUGGGACUGCGAAAUUCGAGCUUGUUUCUUCCCCCGCUCCUUCAGUUGCUGCUUCUCCGAACAACAUCACAAGCUUGUUUGGAAUUGGGAAUCGUAGCGCUCUCUUUUUCGCUAGAAUUGGCUCUUCCUCUAUUGGGCACUCUCCCGCAAUGAAGAAACUUGAGCAUUUUUCAGUUCAGAAGGUUACAGGGGAUGGGCGAUGUCUGUUUCGUGCACUGGUCAAAGGAAUGGCUUACAACAAGGGAACAGUUCUUAAUCAACGUGAGGAGAGAGAAAAUGCAGAUGAAUUAAGAAUGGCUGUGAAAGAAGCUAUAUGUGAAAAUGAGGGUGAACGUAAUUUAUAUGAAGAAGCCCUCAUUUCCAUCACAGUUGAUGAACCUCUAAAUCGUUACUGCCAACGGAUCGUACGACCUGAUUUCUGGGGAGGAGAAUCAGAGCUGUUGGUGCUGUCAAAGUUAUGUAAACAGCCAAUCGUUGUGUACAUCCCAGAGCAUGAGUUGAUGUGAGAUCUCCAACACAUUCGAUCAUGCAAAGGAUUUGAUAUCUCAAGCAUGGGACUAAAUGUUUGUAGAUAGUCUGAUAAUGGUCCCAUUGCAGGUGAUACGAUAUACUCAACAAAUCUUGUUAUGUUAGACUUUGAUACUAUAUUAGGAGAUAGUUUAUAUUUAUCUCAAUCUUACAAAAUUAGCUUAAAGUCUCUUAUAUAUUUUGAUCAUGAUAUUACUAGCUGAUGUGAUAUCUCCAGCACUCUCGAGCAUAGGAUUAAAUAUUUGUAAGUCUAAUUGGAGUCAAUCUCAAUUGGUGUAGAUGAUAGCAUAAUGGUCGGAUAAGAUGCUACUUGUUGAAUAUAUGUUGGAUGGACAUAAUCAUUGUUUAAUCUAUGGACUUAAAUUAGGACCAGAUCGAGGUUUCCAAAGGGCAGGAUUUGCUUUGAUUAGAACGAUUUCUAGGUUUAGUAUUUUAAGGUCUUAAAUUUCUGAAGUUAAUGUUUGAAAGGAUAGCUGGGUUUAAAACAGAUAUGACAGCAACAAGGUUAAAAGUUUAUGUAUCUCAGUAGGUUUUGUGAAGCUAAAGCUAGAGUUAUGAGAGAAAUUUGAGGGCAGAUGCAUGCCUUUUGCAACCCCGAUUGGCAGACGUGAUGAGGGAACUAGAAGGGAAACAGAUGGGAAAGGUAAGAAAUAAGGAAACUUAAGCCUAUGACUUCUAGGUGCACGACUGGAGUAAAUUGGAAAUUAAAUGUUAAAAUAUUUGCAAACGAGAAGUGAUACUGUCAGACUUAGAUCCCUGCCUUCACAAACAUUCUAGGAUAGCAGUGGAGCAAAGUGAGGAGAAUUUUGAAAAUCAUAUCAGCUUCUUGUUUGUUUACUUUAUUAGGCAUUCAUAACCUAUGAAGCUCAAACACAUCUCUUCAAUACUAUGUCCAAAUGUCCAAAAGACGCUAAAUAUUUAUAUAGCUAGUCCAUGUUUUCUUCAAUACUACGUCCAGGUGUCCAAAAGAGGCUAAAAAUCUAUAUAGCAGGUCCAUGGUUUUUAAUCUGUGGCAGUAAAGAUGCGUUUAUAUUCCAACCUUAAUGAUAAAGGGUUCCAUUUUGAUCCUCUUCCCAUUUUUAUUUUUGAAUGGGAGAUGGUAACCAUUCAAUUGUUUUUCUUGUAUUUAAUAUUUCAGUAAACUCAGAAUUUACUAAAAAUUAAGUCACGUUAUGUUUCUUCCUGUUCCGCACGCACCUAGGAUAUGAAUGUAUCCUUGUAUCAAUGUGUUAUAAGGUUGCAUCAUAUAAUUUAUCUACUAAAGUUUCCUGUUUUGUAA